AUGCUCACUUUCGGUUUAACUAAACGCCUGCCUACCGGCGGUAAUUGUAUCUCGAAUACACUUAGAUCUGGUCGCGUUGCUCGUUAUAUAACACAUGUUACUCGUGAAAUGGACUUUUACAAUCGGAAACGAGAACUUGUCAAGUUUAAAAAUGCAUUUAAUGCCAAACCGGAGCUUCAUAUCAUUCUAGGUCCUCCUAGUACUGGGAAAACUGCACUGAUCCAUGAGGUAACGAGUAAAGGCGAUUUCAACCCUAUUUUUAUCAACUGUCGUGAAGGACAAUUUGACACACCAAAGAGGAUAUACGAUUCAAUAUCUUCUCAAUUCGAGCCAUUUUUCAAAAAAUAUACGGAUCUCUUUAAAAAGUUAAUUGAACGAGGAGAAGUCAGUUACUUUAUGAAUGAUAUCCAGUUAAAAGUUAAGCCAUUUGGCGGGGAUCCAUUUA